AUGCAGAGCUGCUCGAAAAAUACCGCAAGGACUCCGAUAAACAAUAAUCAAAAACGUAAAAAUCAUAUAUGGCGACGCGUUUAUAAGAAAUUUUUUGUAUCUCAUAGUUACUAUGAUGCCAUUCAACCGGUACUCUUCUGUACGUAUGUGUAUGGCAUAACGUCGUUUCGGGUCGCCAGAAAUAAGUUCGGUACCAAAUCUAUCAGAUCAACUUGGUUCGGCUACAUAAAUCCAUUUCUGCGUAUAGUGGGUUUCGCGUUAAGUUAUGUAUAUGCUAUAUACUAUAAUGAAUCACUUAUCGGUUACUUUUCUAAUUCGUAUGUAUCGAACUUAGGUACGAAGCUGCACUUCUUUUUUGGAUUCGUAGGUGUAAGUGUCGUCUUCACAUCGUCAGCCAUUUAUAAAAGUCAAUUGUUACAUACUAUUGACCUCUUCACAAAAAUCGAUCGUCAUUUCGAGCUAGUAAAUACGAAUUGUAAUUAUUCAGUGAUAUUAUGCUGUGUACUUAGCUAUAUGGGAGUUAUAUUAAGUUUGGUGAUUACUUGUAUGGUAUUAUGCUUACGCUCACUAUAUCUGAUGAAUGUGCGACCAUCACCAUUUCUGCUCUAUAUAUUCAUAUCGGAAAUGUUUGGCAUACCUUUAUGGAUAACAUUAUAUUGCCUAUUAAUAACGUCACUAAACCGUAGAAUCGAUGUUUUAAAUAAGUGCUAUAAUAUAAUAAGUCCCGGAUCUCAGCACCCGUUAUUGGGUGGAGAAGAUUCAAAAAUUUUGAGCAUUUAA